AACUUCAACAAUAUUUUUUUCACCCCUGGUUCGAACAAAAACAAUUCAAGACGUUUGGAAAAAAGGUUUUUGUUCUGGGAGUUCUUCAGCUGGGCCUGUUUUUGCGAUCCUUCAGCAUGGCAUGGCGCUCUGUAGGAACGAGCAACCAGGAUCUCAUCAGGCAACUGAAGGAGAACGGCGUAAUUGCAAGCGAGGCAGUGGCCGAUGCCAUGGCAGCGACGGACCGCAAGCAUUAUUCUCCUCGGAACCCCUAUAUGGAUGCUCCCCAGCCUAUUGGCGGAGGUGUCACCAUCAGUGCUCCCCACAUGCAUGCUUUUGCGUUGGAAUAUCUACGCGAUCACCUUAAGCCCGGUGCCCACGUCCUGGACGUUGGCUCUGGAUCGGGAUACCUAACAGCUUGCUUCUACCGCUACAUCAAGGCGAAGGGAACGAAUCCGGAUACUCGAAUUGUGGGUAUAGAACACCAGGCUGAUUUGGUGAACAUGAGCAAGGCCAAUCUGAACGCUGACGAUCGCGAGAUUCUCAACUCCGGCCAUUUUGAGAUUGUACAGGGUGACGGGCGCAAGGGAUACCCCAGUAGGGCCCCCUACAAUGCCAUUCACGUGGGCGCAGCUGCUCCGGACACCCCCACUGAGCUGAUCAACCAGCUGGCUAACGGCGGCCGUCUCAUUGUGCCCGUGGGUCCCGACGGUGGGUCACAGUACAUGCAACAGUACGACAAGGACUCUAAUGGCAAGGUACAGAUGACCCGACUCAUGGGCGUGAUGUACGUGCCCCUAACGGAUCUCCGGUCCUGACUGCAGCUGAUUAUCAAGGCGCUGGUUGUGGUGCUCCUGAUCGGUUGGGUCUUUAAUAGAUAUUGGGCCCAUUACCGCGAUUAAUAUUUAAUAACUUAGUAGUAUUAAUAACUAAAUACCCACAAAAUUAUUGUGCUUCAUAUCGCAUUGAGUUUAAUUAAAAUUACUUCCUGAACAUCCACUA